CUGUUCCCUCCCUUAUUUACUUCGACUCGGAAAGAAAAGAAGAAGAAACCCCCCUUCCCCAUAGGCUUUCAUAUUCCGGCCCAAAUGGACCCCAUAGAUUCGAGCCAUCCUCGCGGCCACGCCGGUCAUGAGAGACAGCCGUCCAUUCACUUCCAGGCACCAGCAGACGGUGAAUACGAGGCCAGCACGAGCACAACAGCCCCCCAGACCAUCGAGAUACCUGAUUCCGGGCAUGUUGGUGGUGUUGCGUCGGGCACUUCAACCCCUGGAUACGGAUACCAUCAGUCGUCGGUCCCAAGUCCUGCGCCGACAAAACGCUCGAACGACUCGAAACCCACAUCCGACAUCAAGCCCAAGCGUCUGCGAGUGGACGAAUCCACGCCGCCCCCUAUCACUGCCGCCAGCAACAAUAACACACCUCCUUUGUCUCCAUCUUCGGGCUCCGAGUCGUCGGCGCCGUCCGAUUCGGUCGCGGACCGAUUGUCGAGUCACCUCCCAUCCAAGCCCCUCGGGCGGUCGAGAUCGCUACCCCCUACAUUCGGAAGGAAGAGGAGGAGGGCGCAGGACAGCGUGCAGCAACAUCUGCCACCCGUCACUCUGCACACGUUACGCGAGCUGGAUCUGAGCGAGAUCUACCGGAAUCCAAAGUUGAGGCACGACGUCGUGUUCGACGCGCAGCUGCAUUUCAGACCGAAUCUGGAUGGCAGUCGGGGGAGGAAGAAGCGGGAGCAGGCCGACAUCUACUGGAAGCAGGUGCUGCACGAGUGCGACAUGCUCUUUGCCAACGUGAGGAACCGGCAGACAAGGGUGGCUGGGAUGGCCGUCAAGCUGCUCACACUGUUCAAGACCAUGAAGGAGAUACUGUCGACAUUGGUGCCCAAGAGCGACAGGGACGACGUCGAGGCGGCGCUGGAUGAGGGGUUAUUGAAGCAGCAGCUGGAGUACGGUGUGCUGGACUUUAAGAAGCUGUCGGAGUGGUUGGCGGGCGUGUUGAAGGCGCAUUGCGCGCCGAUGAGGGACCAAUGGGUCGAACAGAUGGUUGCCCAGGUGGCAUUCGGAGUCGACAACGGCAAGACGUGGGCAUUGCGCGACGGGCUGAAGAUGGUGUUUGGUAUCCUGGAGGCGAUGAAGCUCGACGUCGCAAAUCACCAGAUCCGAACACUGCGACCACAUCUCGUCUCCACGGCCGUUCACUUUGAGCAAGGAUACUUUCAGGAGCGAAUUGAGUCGGGGCGUCUGGAUAUGAGGGAGCCGAGGAUAUGGUUCCAAAACGCCAUCAAGGACAGCACGGAUCCGUACAACUCGUUCAUCCGCGCUACCACCGAGAUGUUAUCGCCAUCGAAAUACUCGGCUUAUCCGGCUACCUUCACAUUCGACUUUGAGCGGUUAGAUGCCAUCAGGGACGACAUCCGUGAGGCGACGUGUCUCAAGCUCGCGCUGCUGUUUUUCCGGCAAUUACUGCACCAGUUCAACUGCAAGCGCGACAUGGACGCGGCAACCGUCGACAACCUGCGCGCGAAGCUGCUGGCCAUCCUCAGCGAAGAGGAGGGACCGUAUCGCUGGGUGAAGGGCAGCAACGCGGUGGCACUACACCUCGCACAGGCUGCCUUCGAGUUCAGCGGGAACACGGGUCUCGUCGACGCCUCGACAGUCAAGAUGGCCGAGAACUGGUUCCAGAAGCACCUGCGCGUCGAUUCGUCGAUAUACGUCCACGUAGAGGUGGGCGUCGUCAAGGACGUCACCACACUCGUCCAGCAGGUGAUGAAGAGCUGGUCGUCGCUAUCGACCUCCCCGAUAUUGCAGGCGGCAGAUCUUACCGGUUCGUCUGUGGAACUGGCUUCGAUCGCGCAGCGGAUAGCUCACAUCGCCUUUCUGCACUGGAGGAUAUUUGGCAAACUCUAUGCCGCCAGCUCGUGAGAUUUCGCGUCGAUUGCCUCCUUUCUUUUCGAUACUCUUCUAUCCGGACCGGACCACGUCCACUACCACGCCUCCUCCACCCUCCACCACUACCACCACCAUACUCCACCCUCCACCACUACCACCACCAUCCUCCACCACCUCCUCCAUCUAUAAUGUGCGCGCGGUCUGGACGUCAUCUUGCUAUCACCCUACCAGUUUUUAUUUUUGUUUUUU